CUUCCUCCGCUCACUGUGCCAGCAGCUGGUGUUACUUGCACAGCUUCUUUCCCGCAAAUAGUCUCUUCGACGGACCCUCCAUCAAGUCUCACCUUCUUCCUAACUGGAGAUGUACCCACACCACCACACAACGAAGAGUUCUCUUCAUCCCUGGCGAUGACGUCAUCGGCUUUGGAGCAUUUUACAGGGUCUUGUUCCCCGCCUGGAAUGUCCCGCUCUUCUGCAGAUGUUGGAGCGACAGCUGCGCUGAAGUUGAAAGCUUUCCGACACUCUUCACACAAUUCAAACAUCUUUUCGCGUUGAACGUGCGUCUGCAAGCGAGGUCGAAGUUCACAGCACGUGGACAAUGCGCUCUAAUUAGAACACGCCACCUUUCGUCUCUCUUUCGCUGAAGCGGUACGUGUCGAGCUCGAGGCUGCAGCCGGGAAUGGAGGACCGAGACCCACUAGUUGCUCUCCAGGCGUGUAUUGCAGCCGUCAGACGUGGCGGAAUGGGAGAAGAAGGGGCUGAAAUUGAGCGAUUCCUUCGUAGCGUGGGAGAGUCGAUAAGCGAGAAAGACAGAGAGAUAGAGUGGCUCAGGGAGGCCCUCGAACAGAGCCGGGAGGAGAGGUCACGUGACUUCGGACGACUAGUGGGUUCUGUCCAGCAAGGGGGCGAGGUUUCUGGUUUUGGAGGACGUGUAGGAACACCAGUGGGCGUGGUAGGGUCUGUGGCUACAUGUCCACAAGACAAUUGUGGACUGGAACGGGGAGGUGGGAACGACGGAACGACGGAAUCGGUUUCUGAAAGUGUUGGAGACUCUGUUUCUGCGAGUUGUGAAGAGGGAGAGAGGCAGCUGCAGUGGACCACUGCUGAUGGUAGCUAGAUUUUGGGAUGACAGCUGAAUCAUGUUGUAGUUAUGGUGGUUCCAGUGAGUGGCUAUUGGUAACAUGCACCCUCUUCUCUUUCCCUCUCCCUCCUCUCUCCCCUUCCUCCUCCCUCUUCCUCAUAACCUCCGUGUGUUAUAUGUAUGUAAAGCUGCAGGUGAAGGCACUAGUAGAACCAUAGACACCAAUCCAACAGCAGACAAUCACACACAACAAAAUGAACCUGCUUCCGAAGCAAAUGGAACGAACUCUUCCAAAGAAACGGACACUGUCACUGAUGUGUGUCCUGUCAAACCUGCUGCCGCCAGUGGUCACUCGGAUGUGGACGGUGUGAGUGGAACUCUUGAAAGUUCGGACAAAGAGAGAGGGGAAGGAGGAGGAGAGGAUGACACCGUACCGGCUGGUGAGGAUAAAGAGGGUGUGGCUACGGGAUCAGUCGUGGAUGAGACUGGAGGGUACCAGGAGGUGGAAUUUCCCUCUCUCUACUACCACUCAGCCACUGGCUACUAUUAUGAUGCCACAACCCAGCAGUUCUUUGCUCCUGUAUCAACAGACUAUCAGGCAACUGGACAGUCCCAUCCGUCAACUGGACAGACCCAAACUCAGACCUCGACCUCUGGUAGCAAUGGCGGCGGGGACGGAGAAGAACAAGCCACGUACGAGAGCGGUCCGUCUGGGCCGACACCGAAACAGCCCAGCACGGUGACCGAUCUUCUGGCUGCCGUGUCGGAACACGCCAGUCAGAAAUGUGGACUGUCUUACGAUGAAGCCUCUGGAAUGUACUAUGACCACCGAUAUGCCAUGUACUAUGAUCAGGCGAGACAGCUGUACUACGACCCCGACGGAGGGACGUACUACGAGUUUGAUGCGGAGACGUGUCAGUACCAGGUCCACUCCAGAGUCAAACUGUCCAAGAAGACGGCCAGAUCUGAGGAAGGCACGGAGAAGGUCGUGGACCUCUGCAGCAGUUCCGACAGUGAGGACGAAGGUCCCCUAGAGGAGGGUGAGUUGCGAGGACCAAGCUACCCAGAGAUGUCUCCUCCACCGGAGGAAGAGUGGGCCCCCUGUCUCAGAAUGGUGGCGGGGAGCUCCGAGUGUGUCCCUCGAGGGACCGUGUUUGUCGUUACUCAGGAGGGAGCUCAACUCGGCCGAGAGCCUGGGGGAGCCAACCCGGUAUCUCUUCGCGAAGUACAGGUCAGCAAGGCCCACGUGGACAUAAGAUUCAGCAGAACGAACGGCUGUUUCACGAUCUGUGACCUGGCCAGUCAGAACGGAACCUUCCUCAACAACGCCAGGAUCAGUGAGCCAAAGACAGAGAGCAAGCCCCACCCCAUAAACCACAACGACAUCCUCGAAAUUGGGACGACGUCGUUUACGCUCCACAUCCACUCCGGUUGGGACACAUGUGAGUUCUGUCGGUGGGAGGAGAGGGGAGGAGGGGAGGAGGGGAUGGGGAAGGAGGGGAGGGGGUCGUGGAAGACGGAGCUCAACAGGAUAAAGAAGAGAUACGGGUUGAGGAUGAAGGACACGUAUGGAGAGGAUCCGGUCAGAGCUUCUGAUGGUUAUGUGGACAGAGCUGCUGGGAGACGUCAGACUGUUGGGAGUGACAUGCCAGAUGUGGGCUACCUGGAUGCUGCCCCUGCCUCAGUUCACAGAGCCAUUGGUGAGGAGAGUGUGGGUCACAAGAUGCUGAAGAAGCUGGGCUGGAAGAAAGGAGAGGGCCUGGGGAAGGGAAGCAAGGGCAGAACGGAGCCGGUGACGGCCGAGGUGCGGGAGGUGAGGUCGGGACUGGGGAGCGGAGGCGGUGGGAAACGAUCGCUGGACGCCGCCGGCGGGGGCGAGUCAGCGGCCAAGCACGCCCGACUCGUCAAACAUUACUCGCAGGUGGUCGCCAGAGAGUCGGAUCGCUCCAGGAGACAGUGAUCAUCAUGAACAGUAGCUAUCUAUGUCAUCAUUGUUGGCUAGAGAAAUGAAGUUGCGCGAAGACAAUGAUGCACAGCGAGGGCUUUGCAAGUCCCUUUCUGCAGUGGUUCGUUGCGGAGUUAGUUGCCCGUUCAAAUGGUGGUAAAAGUGUAGUCUCCUAGUCUCACACGCUGGAGCACGAGCUCGCUCAAAAGUA